AUGAUGAUGAGGGGGACAGUGCGUGUUCGGUCUUUCUCAGAAUUGUUCCAGAAACAAAUUCUUUGUCCUCGCACAUUAAAAAAGACUUUACAAGGUCCAGUGAGAUGGACUGCAACAUGUAGACCAGCUCCAUUAUUAAAAGCAACACCUUCACGUGCUUUAAUUGAUGAGCUGAUCACUAUAGAGGCUCAUUAUCUGCCACAAAACACCCCCGUGACCAUGAGAGCUCAGAUGACCUGUGAGGAUGGAUAUUUGUGGCAAUCCAUUGCUCAUUUUCACAGCGAUGAGGAUGGAGUCGUAAACCUGACAAAACAUUCCUCUGUCGGUGGUUCGUACGUCGGCUGUAAACCGAUGGGCCUGUUUUGGAGUCUUCAGCAUGUAACUGUUGAAAAACAAGGUAUAAGGUUGAAAAAGAAAGAUGUGGAGACUCCAUACACAGUGGAGGUGUCUGUGCUGGAAGGCCACAUUUCUCCUCUUAAUUCCUCCAAAGAUGAGCAGGUUAGCAGAACGAAUGAGCGUGAGCUGGCUACUGUUUCAAUUCAGCGCUGGUACACGGCGCCAGGCAUGAGGAGGUUAGAAAUCCGGCAAAACCGAGUGGUGGGGACUUUAUUCCUCCCUCCAGGUCCAGGUCCGUUUCCUGCAGUUAUAGAUCUGUUUGGUUUGGUUGGAGGUCUGGUGGAGUACCGAGCUGCUCUGCUCGCCUCACAUGGUCUGGCCUGCAUGGCUUUAUCCUACUUUGGUCACAAAGAUAUUCCCGGACCCCCAAAACGUUUGAACGUUGGAGACUCUUACUUCAAGGCAGCAUGGCAGAUUCUGUGUGAACACCCCCAGGUGUGUGAGGAUCGGAUUGCGAUCAUUGGGAUUUCCUUUGGGGUCUUUAUAGCUCUGCGGAUUGCCACAUCCUUGCCAGUUAACCCGAGGUGCAUUGUUGGCAUCAACGGGCCGUUCUCCAGCAUCAACAAGAUUUUCGGUGAAGACGGAGAGAAUAUUGAUGAAGAGCAAAAACAAUGGUACAUUAAUGAUCAAGGCUACGUGAGUUUCAGGGACUUCUCUUUACCUUGUAAGGUUCCACCUGAAAACGUUAUUCAGGUUGAGAAGGUGCGCUGCCCUCUGCUCUUCAUCAUCGGAGAGGACGACCUGUGCUGUCCAUCUUUAGAGAUCACAUACGAGAUUGAAAGACGGCUUCGCAUCGCAGGUAAAUCUCACCUGUUCACUCGGGUGUCGUACCCUGGAGCUGGUCACCUGAUCGAGCCACCACACACACCCACUUCCCACAGCUCCACCUGGGCCACUCAACCCACUCAAACUGUGAUUCAAUGGGGAGGAACUCUGGAGCAACACGCAGCCGCUCAGGAAGACUCGUGGCCACGCAUCCUGACAUUCCUGGAAAGUAAUUUAAGAAAGGCAGACGCAGCUUAG